UUUUUUUUAUUUUUUAUUAAAAUUUUAGUUGAAUUUUUUUUUAUUUUUUAUUCCUUUUAAAUUUAAAAAAGAUCUAUUGUAUACAGAAAUGGGCAAAUACGACAAUGACUUUAUUAUGACUAUAGAUGACGAUGACGAAACUAUCGUUGUACCUGAAGAAGAAAAAGAAACUUUCUCGGAUGAUGAACAAACAAAAAAGAAAACAAACAAUAAAAAGAAAGGACAACAACAAGAUCAAGAUUUUGAUAAUCGAUUCACAUUUGCUCUUGAUGGUGGUGGUGAAAUGGGUCCUGCUAAACCUUGGGAUUUUACUGCUGCUCGUGACAUGUUAAAAAACAAGAAUCUUGAACGUACCUCUAUCGAUGACAUUAUUUCCAAAAAACGAAAACAAGUCAAAGAAAUGAAAAAGAAAGAACAAAUGAAACAAGAUGACAAUCAGCAAGAUGAUGAUAAUGAUGAAGAAAAUUUAGUGGAUGAUAAUGACGAUGAUCUUGCUGCGGAUGGAUUUGGUGCUGGUGUCGAAGAAGAAGAAGAAGAAGGACAAACAAUGGAUGACGAUGAAGAAGAGGAAGGUAGUAGUGCUACGGAUACCGAAGAUGAAGAUCAAGAUGAUGCCAAUAUGAAUAAUAGUGAUGAAGAGGAAGAACAAGAAAAUGAAGAAGAUCGCAAGCGCAAGGAAGCUUAUUUUGCCCCUGAAGAAGAAAAUGUACCCAAGGAACAUCAAUCAUUCUCUUCUAUGAAUUUAUCUCGUCCCAUUUUGAAAGGAUUAGCCAAUUUGGGUUUUGUCAAACCUACUGAUAUUCAAGCACGUACUAUUCCUGUGGCUCUUCUUGGUAAGGAUAUUUGUGGUGGUGCUGUUACUGGUUCAGGGAAAACAGCUGCCUUUAUUGUCCCUAUUUUGGAACGUCUCCUAUACCGACCUCGACAACAAGCUUCCACAAGAGUCUUAAUUCUAUGUCCUACUCGUGAAUUGGCUGCUCAGGUACAUAGUGUGGCUGUCAAGUUGGCAGGUUAUACCGAUAUCACUUUUUCUCUCUGUGUUGGUGGUCUCAGUGUUAAACAACAAGAAGCAGAUUUGAAACUUAAACCUGAUGUUGUGGUGGCCACUCCUGGUCGUUUGAUUGAUCAUAUUCGAAACUCUAUGGGCUUUGGUUUAGAUACUUGUGAAAUUCUCGUUAUGGAUGAAGCUGAUCGUAUGCUUGAAGAUGGGUUCGCAGAUGAAUUAGGUGAAAUCAUCAAAUCAUGUCCUAAAUCACGUCAAACCAUGUUAUUCUCAGCAACAAUGACAGAUAAUGUAGAUCAACUAGUACGAAUGUCACUCAAAAACCCUGUACGAUUAUUUGUGGAUAAGAGUAAUCAAGCAGCUAGUCGUUUGAUUCAAGAAUUUGUACGUAUCCGCGCCAACCGUGAAUCUGAUAGAUCCGCCAUUCUUCUUGCCCUAUGUCGAAAAACAUUCAAGAAAAAGGUGAUCAUCUUCUUCCGAUCCAAGGCUGCUGCUCAUCAAAUGAAAAUCCUAUUUGGUUUGGUAGGCUUGAAUGCUGGUGAAUUACAUGGUAAUUUGACUCAAGAACAACGUUUGGAAUCCUUGGAACGUUUCCGUGAUCUUGAAAUUGAUUAUUUAUUAGCUACUGAUUUGGCUGCUCGUGGUUUGGAUAUCAAGGGUAUUGAUACUGUCAUCAAUUAUAAUAUGCCUACUCAAUUUGCUCAAUAUCUUCAUCGUGUGGGUCGUACUGCUCGUGCUGGUCGAAAUGGACGAUCUGUAACAUUAGUGGGUGAACAAGAUCGUAAGAUGCUCAAGAUGGCUAUCAAAUCUGCCAAUUCUAAUCAAGUGAAAAAUCGUGUGGUUGCUGCUGAUACCAUCCAAAAAUACAAGGCCAAGGUAGAAAGUCUAUCAACACAAAUCCAAGAAGUCUUACAAGAAGAAAAAGAAGAACGUGCACUACGUCAAGCUGAAAUGGAAAUUCGUAAAUCUGAAAACUUGUUGGCUCAUGGAAAGGAAAUCUAUGCUCGUCCUGCAAGAACAUGGUUCCAAACUGAAGCUGAAAAGAAGAAAUCUCAAGAAGAAAAUACACCUUUGGAAUACCGGUCAACAAAGAAAGAAGAAGUCAAAAAUGAAAAAGAGAAAAUCAAACGAGGCAAAUAUGAUGGUAUGAGUCGACAAAAACGUAGAAGACGUCAAGCUAUGGAAGAAGAUGAAGAUUAUAUCAAGGAUGCCAAAAAUCAAAAAUCAGCAGCAAAGAAAGCAAAGAAGGCAGCGAAACCACGUCGAUUAUAAAUGAUUCAUUUGAUUGAUACAUUAAAUUAUUUUGUCUCUCUUCCCUCGCCCCCCUUUUUUUAGAUUAGCAUAUUUCACUUAGAUUCACAUUAUCAUUUGUUUUUAUUUUAUUUUCACUCUUUGUAAUAAACAUACUCUCAUCAUAGAUAUUCUUAUUUGAUUCCUACAUCAUG